AUGGCUCGGUUGGUAAGUCUGACGACACAGCAGCAGGAUUUUAUAAAGGAGUCAUAUAUAAAGGAGAUCAUGUCACGUGUUAAAUGGCAGCAUCGCUAUGGCCCAGAAAUACAAGUCCAAGAAAAAUCGAAACAAAAACCCAAAACACAGAUUGAUAUAAAAUUGCCGAUAAUAAAUAACUCAAGCAUGAUGACUAGACAGGAACAACAAGAGCUCAAAGACAUUGGUCAAACUGUAAAUGACUUUGAAAGAAGUCAGCUGACCACCAUUACUGAAGCAGACAUGAGGCCAGUCAGUCCGAAGACACAGAGCUUACUCUACCAAUGCAGAUCCAGAGAUGGAAAAGGAAGAAAUGAAUAUCUACGAGUGAGGAAUCAAAUGAAGCCAGAGGAGAAAUACUUCUACCCUUUAACAAGUAACUGGGCUUAUGGUUGGCAAAUAGGUAGGCAUGAGUAUAAUAUGAUGCUACAAUUUCUUUUAUAA